AUGGGAAACCCAGAAAACAUUGGAGAUGUGUAUGUUGCUGUGAUUCGUCCAAAAAAUACUGCUAGCCUGAAUUCUCGGGAAUAUCGAGCCAAAUCCUAUGAAAUUCUGUUGCUUGAAGUUCCCAUUGAAGGUCAGAAAAAAAAAAGAAAGAAAGUUUUGUUGGAAACUAAACUGCAGGGAGGCACUGAGAUAACCCAGAGCAUCUUGGAUUAUGUGUUGGAAGCCACCAAACCAAUUUCACCAGCGAAUCAGGGUAUUAAAGGAAAGCGCGUAGUGCUAAUGAAGAAGUUCCCUCUUGACGGAGAGAAGGCAGGCCAGGAGGCAUCACUUUACGUUGUUCCAACUGUUGUGAAAGAUAAUACAAAAUAUGCAUACAGUCCUGGAUGCCCUGUGUUCUACUGUUUACAAGACAUCAUGAGGGUCUGCAGUGAAUCCAGCACACAUUUUGCUACGCUUACUGCAAGAAUGUUAAUUGCCUUGGAUAAGUGGUUGGAUGAACGGCACACCCAGUCUCACUCCAUCCCAGCUUUAUUCAGACCAUCUCCUCUUGAGAGGAUUAAAACAAAUGUGAUAAACCCUGCCUAUGCUAUAGAACCUGGUCAAACGGAGAGCUCGUUACACAUGGGCUAUACUGCCCUAGAAAUAAAGAGUAAAAUGCUGGCAUUGGAGAAAGCGGAUAUGUGUAUCUAUAAUCCUUUGUUUGGAUCUGACCUUCAGUAUACCAAUAGGGUUGACAAAGUGGUAAUAAAUCCAUACUUUGGCCUUGGAGCCCCAGACUACUCAAAGAUUCAGAUUCCUAAAAGAGAAAAGUGGCAACGUAGCAUGAGCAGCGUCACAGAGGACAAGGAACACCAGUGGGUAGAUGAUUUCCCUCUUCACCGCAGUGCUUGCGAAGGCGACUCUGAUUUACUAAGCCACCUUCUGGAUAAAAAGUUUUCUGUUAAUCAGUUAGAUAGUGACCACUGGGCACCUAUCCAUUAUGCAUGCUGGUAUGGAAAAGUGGAAGCCACUCGAAUGCUGUUGGAGAAAGGGAAAUGCAAUCCAAAUCUUUUGAACGGCCAGCUUAGCUCUCCUCUUCAUUUUGCUGCUGGAGGUGGCCAUGCUGAAAUAGUACAAAUUCUACUAAAUCAUCCAGAAAUUGACAGACACAUUACUGAUCAACAAGGAAGAUCUCCACUGAAUGUCUGUGAAGAGAACAAACAAAAUGAGUGGGAAGAAACUGCAAAACUGCUAAAGGAAGCCAUAAAUAAACCUUAUGAAAAGGCACGAAUUUAUCGUAUGGAUGGGUCAUAUCGCUCGGUUGAACUGAAACAUGGAAACAAUACUACUGUACAGCAGAUAAUGGAGGGAAUGCGUUUGUCUCAAGAAACUCAGCAAUACUUCACUAUCUGGAUCUGUUCUGAGAACCUCAGCCUCCAACUGAAGCCAUAUCACAAGCCGUUGCAGCAUAUUAGAGAUUGGCCUGAAAUAUUCACUGAACUGACAAACUUGGAUCCUCAAAGGGAAACUUCGCAGCUUUUUCUGAGAAGAGAUGUGAGACUUCCACUGGAAAUAGAAAAAAAGAUCGAGGAUCCAUUGGCUAUUCUUAUCCUUUUUGAUGAAGCCAGAUAUAAUUUACUGAAAGGUUUCUAUACUUCACCUGAUGCCAAGCUGAUCACACUGGCAAGUCUGCUUCUACAAAUUGUCUAUGGAAAUUAUGAGAGCAAGAAACAUAAACAGGGCUUUCUAAAUGAAGAAAACCUUAAAUCUAUAGUACCAAUCACUAAACUAAAAAGUAAAGCUCCUCAUUGGACAAACAGGAUACUUCAUGAAUACAAGAAUCUCAGCACCAGUGAAGGUGUAAGUAAAGAGAUGCAUCACCUUCAGCGCAUGUUCUUGCAGAAUUGCUGGGAAAUUCCUACUUACGGAGCAGCUUUUUUCACAGGACAGAUAUUCACCAAAGCAAGUUCAAGUAGCCAUAAAGUCAUCAAAGUGUAUGUGGGAGUAAAUGUAAAAGGUCUGCACCUCCUCAACAUGGAAACAAAGGCUUUACUCCUCAGCCUAAAGUAUGGCUGCUUUAUGUGGCAGUUGGGAGAUGGAGAUACAUGUUUUCAAAUCCACAGUCUGGAAAACAAAAUGAGCUUUAUUGUGCAUACCAAACAGGCAGCUCUUGUCGUGAAACUUCUGAUGAAAUUAAAUGGCCAGUUAAUGCCAAGUGAAAGAAAUGAGUGAUGGAAACGAACAGUAGUUACAAAACAGCAUCAUAUGCCGAAGCAAAAAACAACUUAUUUCUCAUCAUAACAGAAGACUUCCAUGUACAUUAAUUUUACACAACGGAAAAGUCAAUUUGUACAUUUUUUUAACUUUGUACAGAAGCUGCAUGGUUUAUUUUUUUAAAAAGUAUACAACAUAUCUAUUAUUUUUAUAUAUAUUUUUGUGUUUCAUAUAUAAGCUAUUGUAG